CCAAUCAAAAAGAAAGCAGCAGCUUCACGACUCUGCUGCUAUUUUGACUUUUCCAGUCUUCACUGACCGACCGGAGACGAGAGAGGUUGAGGUAACUAUAGUCCAACUUUGGAGCGAUGCAGAGUUUCAUCUGGAUCUGGCACCUCUUAUCGCUUCUUCUGCUGCAGCUGGCACCUGCACAGAUUUCACACCCUCCAGAAGAGGGUCACUCAAGAGUCAUGGCGUUCCAGGAGGUGUGGGCGAAGAGCAUGUGUCGGCCCAUGGAGCAGUUGGUGGAUGUGGAGCAGGAGUACCCUGGAGAUGUAGAGUACAUCUACUUGCCUGGUUGCGUCCCACUUUGGCGCUGCUCCGGUUGCUGCGGGGACGAGACGGUGGAGUGCCAGGCUACCCUCGAAAGCAACGUCACACUGCAGGUGAUGAGGAUUCAUCCCAUGACAUCUAUGCACCACGUGGAACUCACAUUUGUGGAGCAUCAGAGAUGUGAAUGCAGAGCCCGCCAGAACCUUCUGCAUAAUAAAAGCAUCAGUGAGUCUAUCAAGAACAAACCUCGAAGGAGGAAACACAAGAAGACAACAACCGGCUGUGGCAAGUGCCAGUUCCCUCAAAACAAGAUGAAUCCUCUCUGAUUCACAUGUCCACAUGUCCAUAGUUUCAUUUGGAGGAGUGACUUUGGAGUGUCUUCUGUCCACAUAUCUUUCCUCAUCCAGUGCAUCCAUGCAAACAUGACACUUUCCAUCUUGUCCAUGAUAUCCUUUUCUUUUUGGUUAAUUUUCAAAGCAAACAAACAUAUCCGUAAACUCCUUCGGCUCUAACUGCUGUUUUUAACAGAUCUGUUUUUUCAUUUCUUGUUGGUUUUGUGUGAGGCUUUAAAAAUAGACAUAGGAUACAACCGAUUCAGAAUAGACCAGAGAUAAUGGGUGGAGUGCUGUAAGCUUAUCAGUCGCCAGGGGGUGAAGGAUUAAGGCCUCCAUCCAUCCUCAAGUGUUCACCGAUUCAGUCAGAUCGAUGGCAACACUCACAAAGAGAGGCCAGAAACCUUCGCCAUGACUUCAUGUUCAUUGUAACUUUUGCAGAGUGUUAGAAUUGUUUAAAAAAGCAUCAUGUAUGGGACUUUUCUGUAAAAUCUUAUUUACUACUUAUGGGACAUAAUGCGUUUAUAAGUUCAUUGAAUAAAAAAUUCAGUCCAAAUACAAG